AUGAAAGGUUUCUUUGCACUUGCUCUACUCUUGUUGGCUUCAGCCGUCUUUGCCCAAAAAAACACUCCCCGUCCUGAUCUAGAUGAUGGUGGCUUCAGCGACAUCGACGUCAACGACCCAGACCUAGUGAAGGCGCUGAAAGCGGUCAAGGGCCGCUUUGGAAAGAAGCUAAACAGUUCCUCGGUUUUCGAAGUCAGCAAAGUCAACUCGGCCCAGGCGCAGACGGUGGCCGGUACCAACUACGAGGUGAACCUGACGCUGACACAGAAAGACUGCUACGCUAAAGGUUUCGGAGACAAAAGUAGCGCCAGCUGCACUAGCAAGAACCGGCUCUGUCAGGCGUCCAUCUGGGCCAAGAUUGACGACACCUUUGAGCUGACUUCGGUGGACUGCAAAUGA